AUGCCAUCAGUGGUUGCCACCACUACGAUCAGUCCUCAACGGACUGGUGCAGCAUUGGUUUUGAACUGGACAUAUGUUGACGGUACAACAACUAUUGCAAUAGCUACCAACUAUCUUGGAACAUCUCAAUGGCUUGGUAUCGGCUUGUCGCUUGAUGACAGAAUGGGUAAUGAUCAUGUAUUUGUGUGUCAACGCUUGAGUGACGAUACAAUUCAACUUCAACGUUUUAUCAAUCCUAACGGUCACUCGUAUCCAACUUUAAUGACUGCUGAUUCAAAUCUUGGUGGUAUAUUUCAAAUAAAGAGAAUAGCUCUCAACAAUGGCGUGGCCUAUUGUGAAUUUACUCUUUCAAAUUUUAUCAAUACAGCAGAUCGACGAAAAAAACGAAGCGUUUCUUUGCUUUCACAAAGUACACAAUAUAUUGUUCUUGUGGCCAUAGGAUCCCUCGAUAGUUCAAAUUCAUUAGUGCAACAUUUCUUGACACAUGUUUUAAGUCAAACCAUUCAACUAAAUCAACCGGGAAUAAUAACGAUCAACAAUUUUGAAGGAUCAGUAGUUUUAAUACGAGCUCAUGGUAUUAUUAUGCUAUUUAUUUGGAUGCUAUGUGUUUCAACUAGUAUUAUUCUUGCUCGAUAUUUUAAAAAAUCUUGGCCAACACGAAAAAUUUGUGAUAAACCAAUAUGGUUUGCUAUUCAUCGAUUAGUUAUGACUUUUGCUGCAAUAAUGACGAUUAAACCGAAAAAUUCUUCAAAUAAAAUUAUGGAUGACAAUCGAAAUAAAAUUUUAGAAAUCUUAAAAUCAAAACUACUUAUUCAACAAGAGAAUACUAAACAAAUACAAUUACAAGAAGAAACAAAACAAAAAAAGUUCGAAGAAGAAACAAAACAAAAACAUACCGAAGAAAUAGAAGCAACAAAACGAAAGUUCGCAGAAGAAGCAACUAAACGAAAAGAACUAAAUCUUUUCCUGUUACGUGAACAAGAAUCAAGAAAAGAAUUAUUAUUAAUAUUACAUGAUUCUACAGUACUGAAAUAUUUCAAUACAACAAAGGAUUACUUAGAUGGAAAAUGUCCGGAUUGUGCAUUUAUGUUUAAAUAUGUAAAUAUGAAUAUUGAAAAAAACAAAAAAGAUGUCUGUCUUCAAGAUUUUAUUAUUUAUCUUGGCGAAUUAAAAGGACCUAAAGUUAGUAUAGAAACUGCAGCAGCCAAAGGUAACUUUAUAUUAUUUACAAAUGAAUUGAAACCUAUAAAAGUCUUACCAUUAAUUCAAUCGAUACAACUUAUUGAUAUUAUUCAAUAUUUAUAUGAUUGUCAUGUUAUUCAUCGUGAUUUAGUUAUAGAAAAUUUAAUGUUUGAUAGUCAUAUUCAACAAUUAAAAUUAAUUGAUUUUGGUUUCGCCACAACAUACAACAUUAAUGAAAUGACAAAAGAAUUAUCAAUAGAAGGUAGAAUAACAUUUGCUGGACUUCAAUUUUUAAAUUUCAUUAUUGAUUUAUCAUCAUUGAAUUCAUUAUAUUCUUCAGUUUAUGAUUAUGAAAGAACUUUUGAUUUGAAAUGUGCAUUAAAUAUUAUAAUAUUAAAACAAAAAUUCCAAUAUAUGCUUAUCGCUAACAAUCAAAAUCAAACUUUUGAAAUCUUAAAAUUACAAUUAUUUAUUGAACUAGAAAAAACGAAACAAAUACAAACAGAAGAAGAAACAAAACGAAAACAACUAGAAAGUUUACUAAUAGAUCAAGAAGAAUCAAGAAAACGAUUAAAUAUAGAAGCUGAGCAAUGA